AUGCGUUCGCGCAGCGGGAAACGCAGGCCCGGGGUGCAGGACUUGCCCCACGCACAGCCAGAGAACUGUGGGAGCCUUGCAGCCAGACCCACAGAUGGAAGCAGCGAGCACUCUCUCUGCCUGUACCCUCUGGGGCCAGCUGCUUUUCCUGAGGAGUUGGCGGCAAAAUGGGCUGAUUCCGUUCCUUUCGAUCUCUUGAUCAUUCUGGCUAUUGUUGUUGACCCGCAGGAGGCUCGCUCCUGGGUGGAAUUGCACUUCAGCAAUAAUGGGAACGGCAGCAGCGUUCCAGCCUCGGUUUCUAUUUAUAAUGGUGACAUGGAAAAAAUACUGCUGGACGCACAGCAUGAGUCUGGACGGAGUAGCUCCAAGAGUUCUCACUGUGACAGCCCACCUCGCUCACAGACACCACAAGAUACUAACAGAGCUUCUGAAACAGACACCCAUAGCAUUGGAGAGAAAAACAGCUCACAGUCUGAGGAAGAUGAUAUUGAGAGAAGGAAAGAAGUUGAAAGCAUCUUGAAGAAAAACUCAGACUGGAUAUGGGAUUGGUCAAGUCGGCCGGAAAAUAUUCCCCCCAAGGAGUUCCUCUUUAAACACCCGAAGCGCACGGCCACCCUCAGCAUGAGGAACACGAGCGUCAUGAAGAAAGGGGGCAUAUUCUCUGCGGAGUUUCUGAAAGUUUUCCUUCCGUCUCUGCUGCUCUCUCAUUUGCUGGCCAUCGGAUUGGGGAUCUAUAUUGGAAGACGUCUGACAACCUCCACCAGCACCUUUUGAUGAAGAACUGGAGUCUGACUUGGUUCAUUAGUGGGAUUACUUCUGAGCUUGCAAUGCAGCUCACUGAAGAGCUGUUAGAUCCUGGGGUGGCCGCGUCACUUGUGUUUAUUUGUUCUGUAAAUGCUGCGUUCCUAAUUUAGUAAAACAAAACAACAGACACUAAAAUCAUGUUGAUCUAUAAUUAUACCUAUGAGGUCAAUUAAUAAGCAUGUCAGACUGAUUAAUAUCUAUUGUAAAAAUUUGGUAGUGAAUUUGGAUAUUAGAUAUAAAUACCUGAAUAUAAUUUUAAUAUCCUAUUCAUGAUGUAUGUUGUAUUUUAAAAAUUAUCUGCAACCUUAAUUCAGUUGAAGUACUUUAUAUUUCAAAAGAAUGAAUAACAUUGAUAAUAAAAUCGCUACUUUAAGGGGUUUGUCCAAAAUAAAUAUUGUGGCCUUAUAUAUCACACUAUUGUAGAAAGUAUUAUUUAAUUUAAAUGGAUGCAGGUUGUCUACUAAAGAUUAUACAUAACUAUGCUAAUUGUUCGUAAUCAACAGAAACCAAGAGAGAGCUACGAACUCAGCUGUACCGUUCAUACACUAAACUCUUCUGGCUUUUGCAGUAUAAGGAAUUAAGUCUCCGAUCAUUAGGUAAUCACCUUGGAUGAUCAGUUUUCUGCUGAAGGCACCUGCUCAGUGUCUUUUCCUCUUUAUCACGCUGCAUUGGUGAAUUUAAUCCUCUCCUUUGUGCCCAACUUGUGUGUGCUUUUAAAAUCAGCUUUAUUCUAAGCAAAUCUGUGUCUACUUUAAAAGACUGGAAAUGGGGAAAAAAUAAAUAAAUCUUUGCCAAAUCCUUCAGA